AUGGCAGGGAAGAAGGCAUUCGACGGCACGGAAGACGACGAGCUGGUCACACUAGAUGUGCGAGUUGAGCUCGAGAAGACCGGAGUACUGCUAGUCGCCGAAGAUCCAGGAAGAAAGCUAGUAGUAAAGCCGGAACUACUCGAUGACAACACGGACCUGGAUGUGCUUGUGCUCACUCCUGUCGAGAUCAAAGUCCCCGAGCUGGUUCCUGAUGAUGAAGUUGGUAAUCCUGUAGAAGUGGUCAACGGCGAUGUAGUAAAAGCAGUUUGGGACGUGGUUGUUGUGCCAGAGAGAAUAGUCGUUGUACUCGUGCUUGCGGACGAGGUUGUUCGUGACACAGAGCUAGUGCUGCUUCGGAGUGUGGUGGAAGAAGUGAUCGAGCUCGAAUUUGGCACACUCGAUGUCGAAGCUGUAGAACUCGUAGAGCUAAUAGUGGUCAGCGACGAGGCUGAGCUCGGGGUUGCUGACCUGGUCGUCGAAGGUCCUGAAGUGACAGAGGAGGUCACCGGUUGUGUCGAGACGGUCACGCUGAAAAUACUAGUCGUGGAGGAUUGGAUCAUGCUCGAGACCGAAGUUCCGCCCGACGCCGACGUUACAGACAUGACCGCAGAGGUGGACGAAGUUGCCGGUGUCACCAGAGUUGAUGUUGCUCGGGUCGAUGUGCCUGGUGUGGUAGUCCUUGCUGCACUUGAUGUCGAACUAGAACUUGAGGGCGCAACGAACUGGUAG